CUCCGCCACGGGGCAAUUUGUAUUUGUCUAUAAAUAUGUAAAUGUAUGUCUCAUUUUUACUUCAUAUAUAAAUUUGAUUCAUUAAUAAGUUGGAAUCUGUUUGUGUUAGCUCUUCUCCAACUCCGAUUCUCAUAUGACCAGUCAUCGUCAUGGAUUUUGACAAACAAACAAACGAACGAAUCUAUUUCAUUUCUCUCUCUCUCUCUAGGGUUUGACGUUGGAAUCCCACUGUCGAAGCGAUAAUACGUAUAUAUCUCUGUAUAUACAUACAUAUUUCAUCACUUCUUGUUGCUGAAAAGCAUCAAACUUUUACCUUCUACUCGGGCACGCAUGUUGAAGCUGCGAGUUUUCGUCGUCGAUUGCAUUGUCCAUUGAGCGUUGUUGAUAUUACUACAAUAAAGAGCCCAAAAAAGCACUGGCGAAUGUUGCUUGAUGUAUGUUAAACGAUUGCUGGCAUGGACUUAAAUGCCUCACCGCAGCCAGAAGAAGAUGAAGAGAAUUUUGAGCCACACUUACAAGAAGACACUGCUCCAGAACAUAUAAUAGGACAUGAAGAACACAUAGAGUCUGCAGUUGAAAUUUUUCGUCGGGAGCGUGAAGAACGACGUCAAAGACUAAAAAGAGAACGCCCAGAUGACAGACCAACACAGGCAUCUCAGCCACCUAUUAAUGACCAAAUGUACCAGAAAAAUGAUAAACCUUAUGAUAGAAAUAACCUCCCCCCUGGUUGGUUGGAUUGUCCUUCAGUUGGCCAGGAAAUUGGUUGCAUUAUUCCUUCUAAAGUUCCACUUGGUGAAUCCUUCAAUGCCUAUGUUCCUGCUGGUAAAAGAUACUCUUUUAAGCAAGUGAUUCAUCAACAGAGAGUUUUAGGAAGAAAACUUGGUUUAGUGAUCGAUCUUACGAAUACUAGUCGUUACUAUCAUGCAUCAGAUUUGAAGAAAGAAGGUAUUAAGCAUGUUAAGAUUCAAUGCAAGGGGCGUGAUUCUGUACCUGAUAAUGAGGCUGUAAAUUACUUUGUUUAUGAGGUUUCACUAUUUCUCACUCGCCAAAAGCACUCGAAGAAGUAUAUUAUUGUUCAUUGUACACAUGGGCAUAACCGAACGGGGUAUAUGAUCGUUCAUUAUCUCAUGCGCACACUAUCCAUAUCUGUUACACAGGCAAUUAAAUUAUUUGCUGAUGCACGCCCACCAGGAAUCUACAAACCAGACUAUGUUGAUGCCUUGUACAACUUUUAUCAUGAAAGAAAGCCUGAAAUGGUUGUUUGCCCUCCAACUCCAGAGUGGAAAAGAUCUUCUGUUCUUUUUGAUCUCAAUGGUGAUGUUGUGCCGGAUGAGGACGAUGAUGGAGUUUCUGCUGCUCCUUUGCCUGAGAAGCAUGAGAUAGAGGCAGUAAUGACAAAUGAUGAUGUUUUGGGAGAUAGCAUACCCUUCGACCAACAAAAUGCAAUGCGGCAGUUCUGCUAUCAAGCACUAAAGUUGGGUAUAGGGGUAAGAGGAAACUCUCAAUUUCCAGGGUCACACCCUGUUUCGCUUAACAGGGACAACCUACAAUUGCUAAGACAACGCUAUUAUUAUGCCACAUGGAAAGCAGAUGGAACACGAUAUAUGAUGCUAAUUACCUUGGAUGGUUGUUACUUAAUUGAUAGGAAUUUCAAUUUUCGAAGGGUCCAGAUGAAAUUUCCUUGCAAAAGCACUAAUGAAGCUUUAGCUGAGAAGACUCACCACUAUACAUUACUUGAUGGGGAGAUGAUAAUUGAUACUGUACCAGACUCACGGAAGCAGGAAAGAAGAUACCUAAUCUAUGAUCUGAUGGCAAUUAAUUACGUCUCUGUCAUAGAGCGGCCUUUCUAUGAACGGUGGAAAAUGCUUGAGAAAGAAGUGAUUGAACCUCGGAACCAUGAACGCCAGCAUAUGUACGAGAGUAGAAAUCCAUAUUAUAGAUAUGACUUGGAACCAUUCAGGGUGAGGAGGAAGGAUUUUUGGUUGCUCUCUACUGUUAACAAACUUUUAAAGGAAUUCAUUCGGAGGCUUUCUCAUGAGGCAGACGGUCUCAUUUUUCAGGGCUGGGAUGAUCCUUAUAUUCCCCGAACACAUGAAGGUCUCUUAAAGUGGAAAUAUCCCGAAAUGAACUCGGUUGACUUUCUGUUUGAGAUGGUUGACAACGACCAGCUACUUUUCUUGCAUGAACGAGGGAAGAAGAAGCUGAUGGAAGGGAACAGGGUUGUAUUUAAUGAUGAUUCUGAUCCUGCCUCAUACUCGGGGAAGAUUGUCGAAUGUUCUUGGGAUUCAGAGAAAGAUGUAUGGGUCUGCAUGCGCAUCAGGACAGAUAAAGCAACCCCAAAUGAUUUCAAUACCUACAAGAAGGUGAUGCGAAGCAUAAGGGACAAUAUCACGGAGGACGUCUUGUUGAACGAGAUUCACGAGAUUAUUCGCCUUCCCAUGUAUGCUGAUAGGAUACAUAAUGAUAGCAAGGCCCAUCACCACUCAAAUUCAGCACGACGUAGGUGAUGGGGCGAAAAGAAGCGAAGUCAGUCAAGAAGGAACUGGUGGAGACUAAUAUUAGACAUUAGUCAACUCCUCCAACGAGUUGUACCUCUCUCCUGCUUAUGGGCCAAAGUAGUUGCCUCAGUUUUUUUUUUUUUCUUUCUUCACUCGAGCCAUAUUUUGAAGAAGGGUCACCAAAGAGUAGUGUGUAAUUAGCUACUCUAGUUAUAGCCUUGCAACGACGUGUGAUAUGCUGGUGAGUUUGCAUUAACGAUCCAGUUGGUACAUGUUAGGAGUCCUUGACAUGAGGCCCAGGACUUCCCUUUCUGAUAGCAAUAGGAUGUCAUUGUAUGUAUAUUGGCACUCUCAUUUCUUCUUGUAGCCAUUUUCGUCGAAAGCUUUUGCGUCUUCAUUCUGUGAAUAUAAUUUCAAGGAAAACCCAAAAUAAGUUCUCCCAGAUUGCCGUCUUCGUCUUUGCUUCUUGUUGGUGUGUUGAAUGUUGGGUGUCUAGAUCUGUUAUUUUUUCAGCAGCAUGUUGCAGAAACUAAAAAUGUUGUGUAUGAGGUCUUAUUGGUAACUCAUCUAAAUUUUAUAUGGAUGUGAAGUUCAAUUCU